GUUCGCUCCGCACUCCAGCUGAUCGGCCCAGUGUGCCCGGUGGCCCUCUCCGUCGUCGGCUUUGACGGUUCGAAUGCCGACUUCGGCUGUUUUAGUUUUACGUUUAUUUGUCUCCAAUUUGUUAAUUUUUAGUUGGAAGUCUGUGUAUUUUUCUAGUUAGAGCAUCAUCGAGUUAUUUGUCAAAGCGAAGGACUCUAUACACAAAUACGAGUGAGGCCUUUACUCCAUCCACGGAUUCACCUGCUACACGGAAAGCUUGUCACGGCUGACCGAAAUGGGGGACACCGGGAGUGAAGGCAGCAAGCUACCGGGCAAAGUCAACGUUUUACCCCCUCGUUGCCCAUGUGGCUUUUGGGGGUCAAGCAAAACUAAGAACCUCUGCUCAAAAUGCUUUGCAGACACUCAAAAGAAGCAACCAAAUGACGAUUGUAUCCCAAAGGCCACUUCUAGUACCAGCAGCAGUCAACCAGACGUCUUCUGUAACGAAACAAACAGCACUAUAAGUCAGUCCCUGACGACGCCUAACACUUCAGAAGACCCUUUGCCAGGAGACUCUGGAGCAACAUCUGUUCCUGUUCAAGAAGAAAUAUCCACCUCAGACACAGUCCUGGGUUCACUUUCUACUCCCACAAAACGCCCAUUUGAGUCAGCUUCAGAGUCGGAAAAUGACGCAUCACCUGAAAAGCGAGCGAGAAUGAUUGAAGUCUCAGAGGGUGAAGAAUCUUCAUCAUCAUCUGUGUCGGCAUCUUCAUCCUCAUCCCGCAGCACUACUAAACAGCGGAGCCGCAAGCGUUGCCAUCGCUGCCAAACCAAGCUCGAGCUGGUACAGCAAGAGCUGGGAUCCUGCCGUUGUGGUUACGUCUUCUGCAUGCUCCAUCGUCUUCCAGAGCAACACGAUUGUCUCUUUGACCACCUGGGUCGCGGGCGUCAAGAGGCUGUCCUCAAGAUGGUCAAGCUUGACCGCAAGGUGGGCCGCUCCUGCCAGCGCAUCGGAGAGGAGUGCUCCUGAGCUUCCAGGCCCCCAAGCUCGAAACCUCCGUGUGCAGCCGGUGUCUCAGCACUGCCAGGGAUAUGAUUUAGCUCUUUUACUCACUUAGUCUUUCAAACCAUCUAACUUUUUUUUUUUCUUUGUGGAGAGAUGCGGCCCUCCAGCUUUCCUCUUUGAAUUAUGUUUAUCGUUCUUUUUAAAUUCUGUCAUAACCAGCAUCUUGUUUAUUUUUUGAUCCCACUGGCUUGAUCAUAUCCCUGCAGCUCGGAUGCCUUUUUUUUUUUUUGGAAAAAGUAAAAGAAAUCGCAUACAGACAGAACAAUCAAGAGCAGAGGAAAUAUGAUUUCACCGUCUUGUAAGCUCUUGACGACACAAGUUUGACUGGAAUAAGAGAGAAUAAAGAGAUGAAAUGCAAUGCUUUAUACAAAUGAUUGUCUUGGAAGCCAGACUGUACUCUUUACCUCAGACAUGCAAAGGAUAAAAAAAAAAGCAGAAUGAUGAAAAGGAUGAGGGGGAAGUAAAAAAAAAAAAACUGUCAUCCUUCUUGUACACUUUGGCUUUGGCGCUGUUUAUAGACUGUGCUCUUUACCUCAAAAUCAGACCAGAGCUGCUUUGUUCUCUGCGCCAAGUGUAGACCUUCUGAGGCUAGCCACAUAGCCAGCCUUAGUUGAAGUCAUGUCUUACUCCCAGACCCUCCGCCACCUGUAAUCCUAAAUAAUAAACAAAAACCUUUUAAUCACCCGCCUCAGGUAAGUUCAGCCUGCCCUUACUCUCCUACAACCUUUUUUUCCUCCACAGGACUCCAUGUACCCCUUUGCUUUAAGAUUGUCGUGAAGAUUUGUGCCACUGUGGACGAGUGAAGCAUUGGGAUCCGAAAUAUAAAUAUUCUUCACAACUGGCUGCAUGGGACAGCAUCUGACACGUUCAGGACAAUGAACUGGCUGUGUGUUUUUUUUUUUUUUUGGGUUACGCAUAAACUGAUCUUAAGUGUCAAGAAGUGACUGAUAAUUUCAUUUGUUUAGAGUUGUUUCUGUCUUCCCUGAUAUGCUUUGUUUUUUGUUCCAUACAAAACGUUCACGUAUAAUAAGUUCCUCACUAACUCGAUUGUCUUUUUCAACAACUGUGGAGUUUCUGUUUGCCGGAUGUACACACCCUUCAGGAAGACGCAUUUACAGGACACGGGGGGGGGGG